AUGCUGAUGACUGGCACUAAUAAAACUGAAGUUGAUGGUCUGAUCCAACAAUUAAAUAAAGUGUUCACUCUAAAGGACUUGGGGGAAAUGAAUUUUUUUCUUGGAAUUGAAGUUAAAAGACCUAAAGCUGGUACUCUAGUGCUGAAACAGUCUAAAUAUGUCAAGGAUCUGUUGAAGAGAGCUGAAAUGUUAGAGGCUAGACCCGUUACCACACCAAUGGCUAGUACCUUAAAGCUUGAUACAAUAGGUACAACAUUUGAUAAGCCUUUUUUGUACAGAUCCAUAGUGGGUAGGCUGCAAUACGCCACCAUCACUAGGCCUGAUAUUGCCUUCUCUGUGAACAAAAGUGUCCCAAUUUAUGCAUGCUCCCCUGGAACAGCACUGGAAGGCAGUAAAGAGAAUCCUUCGCUACCUGGCUGGGACAAUUGA